ACCACUGAAUUCGGCCAAGCGGUUGCUCAACGCCGAAAUUGUUGGCCAAGAGAAGCGUUGUUGUUGCAGGAUAUCGCGCGGUCAAGUGUUUCCGAUACAGUAAAGAUUUGUAAAUAAAGCGAAUGAGACAGGCCAAAUCUAUGUGGAAAGACGUUCCAGGCUAGAAACGGUGUGCGGUUAAAAUAGUUCUUUCCCCAGCAUAACUACUGUGGUGAUUCGAAUGGUACCGGCCUGGUAAAUAAGCCCUGUUCGCGCGCUGAUAUGACAGACAAUUUUGAUCGGGCGCCCGGGGCGGGUCGGAACCGGUUGAAGGCUAACAGUCCCGGCCUCGGAGAGCAGGACGGCGGGCGGCUCCCAGAACCAGGCGACGGAGACGCCAAAGCAACGUUCUUCAAUCAUCGUGAACCGCUAAGACAGCCGCGGACGUCACCGCCUCUGGCGGACAGCAACAGUUCAACCGGAGCUGGAGGUGACAGACGAAUAACCAAAGCUUCACACUCGUCGCAGAGCUCCCGCAGCCCUGCAGCCCAGAAAGCGCAGGCCGGCAACUCCCUCGCCGUCAACUCCAGCCUCUCCGUCAACGCCCCGGAGUUCUACCCAAAGAAUUACACCCCUUACCAGGAUUUGCCGUACGAUGAUGGCUCGGACGGUUAUUACCCAGAAGCCACCCUGGCAGAGCUGGUGCAAGAGUAUCUCAAUCACCUGAACACCUCGCCCGCGUCUUUUGAGCUGGAGAUCGAGGCCAUUACCGCCAACCUUAACGCCUGGGUGAUCGCGGAGGAGACGCUGCGUGAGCUGGUGGAGCUCAUCUACAAGCAGUCAACGUCUGUCCCAAACUUCGCCUACACGGGGGCGCGACUUUGCAACUACCUGUCGCAUCACCUGACUGUCAGCCCACCCUGCGGAAAUUUCCGGAAGGUACUUCUCGAAAGGUGCCAGACUGAGUAUGAGCAGCGAGCCCACGCGGUGCAGGCUGAUGACCUCACACAGAAGCGCUUCCAUUCCUACGUGCUCUUCCUGGGAGAGCUUUACCUCAACCUGGAGGUUAAGAGCCGAAAGGGCCCGCCGUCCCGCGCGGAGAUCCUGCUCAGCGCGCUGAAGGACCUGGCGGACGCGCUCCUCUCCAACCCGGUGGACGGGAACCUCAUCUGCGCCGUGAAGCUGCUCAAGUUGACCGGCUCCAUUCUGGAAGACGCCUGGAAGGAGAGCGGGAAGUCGCACAUGGACCAGCUGAUCCAGCGGAUCGAGAACAUCGUCCUGGAUGCGUCCUGCAGCAGGGACGUGAAGCACAUGCUGCUCAGGCUGGUGGAGCUGCGCUCCAGCGACUGGGGCCGGGUCCGAGCCUCCGCCUCCUCCAGCGAAGCCACGCCCGACAACGACCCCAACUACUUUAUGAACGAGCCGACCUUCUACACCGCGGACGGCACACCCUUCACCGCCGCGGAUCCAGAAUACUCUGAAAAGUACCAGGAGAUCCUGGAUCGGGAAAACUAUUUCCCCGACUUUGAGGAAAAUGGGAAUGAGGAAUAUUCUGACGUGGAUGAUGAAAUGGACCCGGAGAUUGAAGAAGCGUUCGAAAAGUUUUGUUUGGAAUCAGAAAAAAGACGGAAAUGAAGCCAAGAGGAGGAAAUCUGAAGAGUAGACUAGCACAGAUAACUUUUUACGUUCAAUCUGCUGGAAUGUUCGCUGCUGUUUUCAAAAAAAAAGAAAAAAGGAAGAAAAAAAAGAAAAGCAAAAAAGAAAAUAUUACGAGGUUCAGUGACAUGUUUUAUGUUGCAAGCUUCAGACAUUAAACACCUGUGUGCUUAAAGUCAGCCCUUCCAGGACCUUUCCUUUGCUUUUGACCAGAAUGACAAAAUGGUGGACGGACCUAUUCCGAGGUCUGGAGCCCUGGCCUUCUGCAUAAGAGACUGCAGGCUAUGGCCUUAGCCUUACCCUGUAGUUCUGCAUAAGAGACUGCAGGCUAUGGCCUUAGCCUACCCUGCAGUUCUGUAUUAGAGACUCAAGGCUAUGGCCUUAGCCUACCCUGCAGUUCUGUAUAAGAGGCUUGUGGCUCCAGGUUAUGGCCUUAGCCUACCCUGCAGUUCUGUAUAAGAGACUCAAGGCUAUGGCCUUAGCCUACCCUGCAGUUCUGUAUUAGAGACUCAAGGCUAUGGCCUUAGCCUACCCUGCAGUUCUGUAUUAGAGACUCAAGGCUAUGGCCUUAGCCUACCCUGCAGUUCUGUAUAAGAGGCUGGAGGCUAUGACACUAGCCUACCCUGCAGUUCUGUGUAAGAGGCUGGAGGCUCCAGGUUAUGGCCUUAGCCUACCCUGCAGUUCUGUAUUAGAGACUCAAGGCUAUGGCCUUAGCCUACCCUGCAGUUCUGUAAGAGGCUGAGGGCUAUGUGGUGUUAGCCUACCCUGCAGUUCUGUAUGAGGCUGAGGGCUAUGUGGUGUUAGCCUACCCUGCAGUUCUGUAUGAGGCUGAGGGCUAUGUGGUGUUAGCCUCAGGAGAUCUUCUCUCCGAUCCACAUCUGGAAAAGGUGCUUUAGCGGAAAACCGUAGGAUUCAGAGGCCAAAGGUGUCGUACAGAGACCCCAGCCUGGAACACCGGCCCAUCCAGUGUGUAGCCCGGGCCUUUCUCCGCUUCCAAAUCACGAUUCCAUUAUUCUGCGCAUUUACAAAGGUGCGUCAGAAACGAACAAGGAGCUUCAGUGAUUCAACAAGGAACCGUAAUAACACAAAUCUGUUUAUACCGUAGUGUUUAUCUUUUUCUCUGGAGGGGAUACAUUCAGCUGAACCAAUGGGAAAUGUCGGUUCCUGUGCGAGUACAUAUUUAUUGUCGGCCACAAGGGGGCAUAGUGGUGCCCUUCUUACAAAGGAAGACUCAAACCCGGUUUGAAGAGUGAAAGAGUUCUCAAAUCCAACCUUGUGCCUGCCAAUGCUUAUGGGACUUAAGUACAGGUUUAGACGUGGGCAAAAUGUAGUGAAACAGAAAGCAGAAGGCAGAAAAGUCCCUGUGGCCAGGGGUCAACUAAAUACAUCUCUGUAUAACUUAUAACUUUUGCAAUAAAUGUAUCCCAUGCAAAGGAAUACAUUUUGUUCCUCCAGUUUAUUUAAAUGUGAUUUACAUUAUUGUUUGGCUGCAAUAAAUUCUUUAUAACAAGAAAA